CCCUGAAGGUGUUCACCUGUGCUCAGGAGGAUGGAGCCUCAGGGGGCGGGGCCCUGGAUGACCUCAUCUUCCCAGCGCUUACUGACAUGUGCACAGAGGGCAGCUGUUACCCAGCAACAGGAGACCUUCUGAUUGGCCGAGCCCACCGGUUGACGUCCACCUCCACCUGUGGACUGAAGCGUCCGGAGCCAUUCUGCAUCGUCAGCCACCUGCAGGAGGAGAAGAAGUGCUUUGUUUGUGACUCGGGGGUGGUUUACGACGAGCUCAGCAGUCACACCAACAGCCAUCGUGUCGAGAACGUGGUGACCACAUUCGCUCCGAACAGACUGAAGACCUGGUGGCAGUCAGAGAAUGGUGUAGAGAACGUCACCAUCCAGCUGAACCUCGAGGCGGAGUUUCAUUUCACACAUCUCAUUAUGACCUUUAAGACGUUUCGACCGGCUGCCAUGGUCAUUGAGCGAUCUGCAAACUUUGGAAAAACGUGGCAGGUUUACCGUUAUUUUGCCUACGACUGUGAGUCCUCCUUCCCAUCAGUUUCUCAAGGUCCCAUGCAGAAGGUCGAUGAUGUAAUCUGUGACUCCCGUUACUCCGACAUUGAGCCAUCCACUGAGGGGGAGGUAAUUUACAGAGUUUUGGAUCCGGCGUUUAGAAUUGAAGACCCCUACAGCCCACAAAUCCAGAAUUUAUUAAAGAUCACCAACCUGAGGGUGAAAUUCACCAAACUUCACACACUCGGAGACAACUUGCUGGACUCUCGAAUGGAGAUUAAAGAGAAGUACUACUAUGCCAUCUAUGACAUGGUGGUCCGAGGAAACUGUUUCUGCUAUGGACAUGCCUCUGAAUGUGCCCCAGUUGAGGGCCGGGGCCAAAACAGGGAGGGAAUGGUACAUGGUCACUGUAUGUGUAAUCACAACACUAAAGGACUGAACUGUGAACAGUGUCAGGAUUUCUACCACGAUCUCCCAUGGAGACCGGCUGAGGGACGGAACACAAACGCUUGCAAGAGGUGUAACUGUAAUCAGCACUCGAACUCGUGCCACUUCGACAUGGCCGUGUUCUUGGCAUCAGGAAACGUCAGCGGAGGAGUUUGUGAAGACUGUCGACAUAACACAGCAGGACACAACUGUGAGCAGUGCAAACCAUUUUACUAUCAACAUCCAGAGAGAGACAUCAGAGACCCAAACAUCUGCCAUCCCUGCAGCUGUGACCCUGAGGGCUCUCUGCACGGAGGGAUCUGUGACGGGAUGACGGAUGUUCGGRCCGGUCUCAUCGCUGGUCAGUGCCGCUGUAAAGUCAACGUAGAGGGUGAACGCUGUGAGCGCUGCAAACCAGCUUACUUUGGUCUGAGUGACGAUCCAGAYGGAUGCAAAGCUUGUACCUGCAGUCCUCUGGGAACAGCUCCUGGAGGAAACCCCUGUGACAGAGAAACAGGAAGCUGCUUCUGUAAACGUCUGGUGACUGGACGSGACUGUGACCAGUGUGUGGUGUGAUCAGGUGAGCGGCCAGUGCAUCUGCAAAGAUCACAUGUUUGGACGUCGCUGUGACCAAGUUGAGUCUGGAUUCUACUUUGUUGCUCUGGAUCACUACACCUACGAAGCAGAAGAUGCCAAGUUUGGACCUGGUGUGACAGUGGUCCCGAGGCCCCACCCGUAUGAUCACAUUCCCACCUGGACAGGCAGGGGUCUGGCCAAUGUUCCAGAGGGGGCYUUCUUGGAGUUCUCUGUUGACAACAUUCCUCAUUCCAUGGAGUACGACAUUGUCAUCCGCUAUGAGCCUCAGCUGCCUGACCAAUGGGAGGAGGUUUUGAUGACUGUGAUGAGGCCUGGACCAAUCAGAGCUGACAGUCGCUGCAUCAACACUGUACCUGACGAUGACAACCAAAUGAUCUCACUUCACCCCAGCUCCCGGUAUGUGGUUCUUCCGAGGCCCGUUUGUUUGGAAGCUGGACUGAACUACACCAUCCGUCUGAGUUUGCCACUGUACUCAGCUCUCAGUGAUGUUCACUCCCCGUACACGCUCAUUGACUCGAUCGUGUUGAUGCCUCACUGCAGGAGCCUGGAAAUGUUCACCGCUUCAGUGGAAGGGGAGUCCAGUGGGAACGGCGCUUGGGAAACAUUUCAGCGCUACCGGUGUUUGGAGAGCAGCUACAGUGUUGUCAAGUCACCAAUGACUGACAUCUGCAGGAAUUUCAUCUUCAGCAUUUCUGCCCUGUUACACCAGGGAGCCAAAGAAUGCCAGUGUGACCCCCAGGGCUCCCUCAGCACCGUGUGUGAUCCCAGUGGGGGUCAGUGUCAGUGUCGACCCAAUGUGGUUGGCAGGAACUGUGACCAGUGUGCUCCUGCUACCUUCCAGUUCGGACCAAGUGGCUGCAGAGCAUGUUCCUGCAACCCUGAGGGGUCCCAGAGUCCAUUCUGUGAUCAACUGACCGGUCAGUGUGUUUGUGUCGCCGGAGCACACGGUCGACAGUGUGAUCGCUGUCUGCCGGGUCACUGGGGCUUCCCGUCCUGUCGACCCUGCUCAUGCAAUGGCCACGCCGACUCCUGUGAGGCUCACACAGGGCGCUGCAUCGYCUGCAGGGACCACACAACUGGACACAACUGUGACAGGUGUCUGAACGGCUACUACGGUGACCCAGUGUUGGGAUCAGGUGACCACUGUCGUCCCUGUAUGUGUCCCGAUGGGCCUGUAAGUCUGCGGCAGUUUGCAGGAAGUUGUUACCGCAGCGAUGACUCUGAGCAGGUCGUCUGUGUCUGCAAUGCAGGAUACAAAGGUGCUCGCUGCGAUAGGUGCUCACCUGGCUACUAUGGAAACCCAGCCGAGGCGGGGGGGCAGUGUCUUCCGUGUCGGUGCAACAACAACAUCGACAUGUUGGACCCCGAGUCCUGUGAUGCUCAAACCGGCGAGUGUCUGCGGUGCCUGUACCACAGCGAGGGCACCGCCUGCCAGAGCUGCAAACUGGGUUAUUAUGGAAAUGCUUUGGUUCAAGACUGCAGGAAAUGUGUCUGUAAUCAGCUGGGCAGUGAUUCUUCCAGCUGUCAGUCACCCAGCGACUGCCACUGCGACCGCAGCAGCGGUCAGUGUCACUGCCGGCCCAACGUGAUUGGUCAACACUGCGACCGCUGCGCUCCGGACACCUGGAACAUGGCGAGCGGCCUCGGCUGUCAGCACUGCGACUGCGACUCCAAACACUCGUACGGGACGUCCUGUAAUGAGAUCAGCGGUCAGUGCUCUUGUCAUCCUGGUUUCGGUGGAAGAACGUGCAACGAGUGCAGAGAGUUGUUCUGGGGAGACCCUGAAGUAAAAUGUCACGCCUGCGACUGUGACCCCCGCGGGGUCUCGGAGCAGCAGUGUAACAAAGUCAGCGGUCACUGCGUCUGCGUGGAGGGCGUGUCGGGACCCCGGUGUGACGUCUGCGCUCGCGGGUUCACCGGAACCUUUCCAGACUGCCAUCGCUGCCACCAGUGUUUCGCAGAAUGGGACAACGUCAUCGGUCAGUUGACCAAUCAGACGCAUCGGCUGGUCAAUAAGGUCAACGCCAUUAAAGCCAGCGGAAUCAGUGCGCCUUACAGGAAGUCCUUUCAGAGCAUGGAGAAGAGCGCCGCUGAUAUCCAGGUCAUCCUAGACCAAAACCCGGCCUCACAACCACUGAGUGAGAUCCAAAGCCUGCUUCAGCAGGCAAGUGACUUGAUGGCAGCUCUGACUCAGACCUUGAACAACACUGAGGAGACACUGGUUCUGGUGGACCAACAGGAUUCUGCUGUGAAAACCAAAGUGGACUUCAUGACGGCCGAUGCUCAGAAACUGGAGCGGACCGUCCUGGAGCUGCUGGAUCAGGUGGAGUUCAUCAAGAACUCCGACAUCAGAGGUGCCACAGGCAGUGUCACCAAGUACUUCCAGCAGUCUCAGGCAGCUGAAGCACGAGCCAACGCCUCAACUGUCGAUGCCGGCAGCCCAGUGGAAACCUCUGCUGCUCUACGGAACCUCACAGAGGACAAACUGAACCAGACCACAGAGGAGUUCCUGCAGAGGCACUCUGAGCACGCUCAGAGACUGGACACGCUGGCYGGAGAGCUGCAGACGUUGGACCUGUCUGAUAUCAGCCGCAAGACCUGUGGCAGUCCACUACCUGGUCAGAACUCAUGCUGGUCUUCGUCCUGUGGUGGUCUGGGAUGUGCGGACUCYGAGGGUCAGAGCAGGUGUGGGGGAGAAGGCUGCGAUGGCGCCGUAGCGACAGCCAACAAUGUGAUGAUGAAAGCACAGGAGUCCGAACGGGAAAUCCUGAGCACCAUGGCAGAGGUGGAGAAACUCUCAAAGAUGGUGUCUGAGGUGAAGAAACAAGCUGAUGAGGCCAAACUGAGCGCUUUUAACGUCCUGAUGAAGACCAACAGAACCAAACACAAGGUCAACCAGAGCAACGAGGAGCUGCGGAGCCUCAUCAGACAGAUCAAAGAUUUUCUCACUCAGGAUGCUGCAGACCCGGAGAGCAUUGAACUCGUGGCCAACGAGGUUCUGGCCAUGCAGAUGCCGACCACUCCGGCCCAUCUGCAGAAUCUCACAGAGGAGAUCCGACAGAAGGUGGGAGAGCUAGGACACAUAGAGAGCAUCCUGCAGCWGAGCGCCGACGACAUCCAGAGAGCUGAAACCCUGCUGGAACGAGCCAGAGGAGCCAGUGAGGCUGCAGCUGAUGUGAAAGACUCUGCAGAGAGAGUAAAACAAGCACUGGAAGAUGCUCAGAAAGCUCAGACUGCAGCCAGCAACGCCAUCCAGCAGGCCACCACCAACAUCCAGACCACCAACCAUCUGCUCAACUCCGUACAGUUGGAGACAGCAGAUGCAGAACAGAAGCUGAAUAAUGCCACCCAGAGACUGGAGAGGCUUGAACAGGAUGUGAUGCUGCUCAGGGAAAAAUCUGAGAAUGUCACGCUGAGCAACAAGCUGACCAACCAGGACGCUGCGAGCAUCGAACAGAUCGCAAAGGACCUAAAACAGGAUCUGGAGUCGGAGGUGAAGCAGAAGUACAGCACAGUGGAAGAGCUGAUUGGUCAAAAUGCAGGGGGUGUGGCUGAUGCCAAGAAGAGGGCGGAGUCACUGCAAAAUGAAGCCAAACAGCUGCUGYUGCAGGCCAGUGACAAGCUGCAGCUACUUAAAGAUUUGGAGAAGUCUUAUGAUGACAACCAGCGGACUCUGGAGGKGAAAGCAGAGCAGCUGGUGGAGCUGGAGCAGGCGGUGAAGAAGCUGCUGCAGGAGAUCAGCCACAAAGUGACGGUUUACAGCACCUGCCUGUUUUAGACAUCAUGGCCUCCUCCUGAGCUGAGUCGCAGCCACGUGUUCUCCUGAGUCUUAGAGCCUCAAUCAUUAAAGCUUCAAACCAAACAAAUCCUCAUGACUUAAUAAAACCAAAGACUUGAUUCUGUUGUGUUAACAAAUUUACUGGGAUGCAAUCUUUUAGCUAACUGACAAAACUGAGUGUGUGAAUGAACAUUUGAGCCCGUGGAGGAGUUCAAUGGAUUUUUAAUGGGAGCCCCCAMCCCUCAUCAAAAACUGCUGCAGUAAAUCAGAUAUUUCCUUUCUUUUUCUUGUAACCUAUUACCAUAUGUUAUCGUCAUUUAGGAGCAUAUGUCAUUCUGGACCAUGUUGGUGGGCUUCCAUGCUCACUUAUUAAACMCUUUUUCAAAACUUUUUCAUUCCCGGCCUUUUAAGAAGUCAUCUCGGAGUGAACAGUACCCCCCUUUCAUUAAAAAAUACCUUUAUAAUGAAUGUAACUUUUAUCAUUUUGGGUCCAGUUUAAAGGGAGAGUCCAGUCAUCAUGGAAGUGAUGACCUGUCUAUCAGCUGUGAUGUCAGUCAUACAGGAAGAGGCAAAGGCUAGGCUAACAUUUAGCCAAACAAGUGCCAAGAAAAUCCUUUUCAGGCUAUCGUUAAACCACUAUUUGCAUGACACAGUUUGUUUAGUUUGCUGCUGUUUUGCCAAGCAAAUGUUGGGGACACCAUGAGAAUGUGUGUGAGAUGGCUGAGCCACCGAUGGUGCCAAACCUGAACGUAUCAGCCACCUGAUCAGCCCGUCCAGUUAAAGAAACCCUGAUAAGUAUGAGUGUAGAGAGUAAAUUCUAGCAAAUGUUGCUUUUGAGAAACAAUUGUUUGGCAUUCGAUGAAUUUAGCUUAGCCAGGCCAAAGACUUUUGUCACUUUCUCCAUCCUUUAUGACUGAUGUUCUAGCUAAAUAAAGGUACAAACCAUUACUACUAUUACCAACUAUUAGGCAGAAAAUCACACCAAAGUUGAACAAAACUGUUUUUUUAAGUGAAUGUGUAACCAUCUGACUGCAACUAGUCUAUAUUGGAUUAAUGUUUGUUGUGAUCCAAUUUUAGAGCCUAAAAUUAUUUUUAAUAAAGCUUUGUUAAUUAAA